AUGUCGCUUCCUACGCUACGUCUUGGUCGUUAUGCCUUUUCUCUCAGCCAUCACGGGUCAAGACGUCGUCAUAUUGCUAGUAUUCCAUCUGCUACUGGUUUCUCAUAUCCUGGUGCACGUUCACUGGAUCAAAUUGUGAAAUUGGAGCUGCUGGAGAAGGAAGAGACACCAGAGAUUCGCUGUAUUUGGGAGGAAUUCCAUGCACAUAAGAGGGAUGCCGUUGCUACUACUUUAGACGCUACUGAGUUUCAUACUCUAGCAAAACGUGCAACGGUCGCACCAUAUUGUAUCUUUCCAGUGUAUCGACAAAAGGGAUUUUUCAAUAUGUUGUGUCAGUAUCAGCAAUCGUGUUUUCUCGUGACAUACUUGGAAGCAUUCAAAGAAAAUCCGACUGCUGCACCACCGUGUGUUGCUAUAUCACUCUAUGACAACUUGUUGAGAGAAAAAGAACUGACAUUAGUGCGUGGUGAUGUUAUUAAUAUGUUGGACAAGAAGGAGACGCAGGUUUUGUUGCAGCAAAUACUGCUGAGCUAUCAACAGGAAGAACUUUACAACCACGUUGAUACGUUCAAUAACAGACCAGAUCAAUUUGACUUUGAAGCUUAUCGUCUCUUACUCAAGGACAUGACAGAAGAAGGUGCAACUACAGAAUAG